AUGACCUCUACUGAACCCAUCGCUCUGAUAGGCAGCGCAUGCCGUUUUCCUGGGGAUUCAGACACUCCAUCGAAGCUGUGGGAGCUCCUUCAGAGCCCACGAGACGUUCUUCGCCAAAUCCCCCCGGAUCGGUUCAAUGUUGAUGCAUUCUACCAUACAGACGGCAAACAUCACGGAACCUCAAAUGUCCGCCACUCAUACUUUGUCGAUCAAGACCCGGCCGCGUUCGAUAAUGGCUUUUUCAAUAUCCAGGCUGGGGAAGCCGAGGCCAUCGAUCCCCAACAAAAGAUGCUGAUGGAAACCGUCUAUGAGUCCCUUUGUGCCGCUGGGCAGACAAUUGAGGGCCUCCGUGGAUCACCCACGUCUGUCUUUGUCGGUGUCAUGUGCGCUGAUUGGGAUGGCAUGCUCGCGAGAGACAUGGAGACAUAUCCCCAGUAUGGCGCGACCGGUGUGGCUCGGAGCAUCAUGUCGAACCGAAUCUCGUACUUCUUUGACUGGCAUGGGCCGAGCAUGACCAUUGACACUGCAUGUUCGUCUAGUCUCGUCGCCGUGCACCAGGCAAUCCAAACACUACACAGCGGAGAGUCCUCAGUUGCCAUUGCUGCUGGGGCCAACUUGAUCCUGAGUCCAGCCAUGUAUGUCGCAGAGAGCAACCUUUCCAUGCUAUCGCCCAACGGACGGUCGCGAAUGUGGGAUAAGGAUGUAGAUGGAUACGCCCGUGGAGAAGGCAUUGCAGCAGUAGUCUUGAAGCCGCUCAGCGCAGCGAUUCGAGAUAAUGACCACAUCGAAUGCAUCAUUCGAGGCACUGGUGUCAAUCAGGACGGGCGAACACCGGGUCUCACCAUGCCCAGCGGCAAGGCUCAAACCGCCCUGAUCCGAAGUACCUAUCUUCGAGCCGGCCUGGACGUUAAGAAGCCAGAGCAUCGCCCACAAUUCUUCCAUGCCCACGGUACAGGGACGGCGGCAGGCGAUCCCCAAGAAGCCCAGGCAAUCUCGGAGGCGUUUUACUCGAAGGAUGAACUUGAUGAUAAGCUUUAUGUUGGCUCGAUCAAAACGGUUAUCGGGCAUACAGAAGGCACAGCUGGUUUGGCUAGUCUGAUUGGAACUUCGUUGGCCCUUCAGAAUGGGAAGAUACCACCCAAUAUGCACUUCAAUACCUUGAACCCUAGGUUGAAAUCUUUUUACCGCCACCUUGAGGUUCCAACGAAGUGUGUUCCCUGGCCCGAAACGCGUCCAGGACAAGCACGACGAGCCAGCAUAAACAGUUUUGGCUUCGGUGGCACCAACGCGCAUGCAAUUCUCGAGGAAUAUCGUGUACCAGAAAAGGAAUAUGAACAAAUCCAAAACAGAUUUGCCGUAAAGACGCCUCUAUUUAGUCCAUUGACUUUCUCUGCCUCUUCUGAAUCGUCGUUGCGGUCACUGCUUUCAUCCUACUCCACACACCUGCAAUCUAACACGCACGUGAGUUUGCAUGACUUUGCAUACAGCUUGCAGACACGGACAUCAACCCUAGCAUACCGUGUUGCUGUUACUGCUUUUAGCAAAGAAGAUGCUUGUUCUCAGAUUGACGCCAUCACAAACGGCGAAAAGAACAGCACGAUCGGCACACGCCAGCUGACGAAGUCGUUUCCGAAGAUAUUGGGUGUCUUUACCGGCCAAGGCUCCCAAUGGGCACGAAUGGGAGCAAGAUUGCUCGAGACCUCUCCCUAUGUCACUAAACGACUUUCUGAGCUCGACAGCUCAUUAACAGAGGCACCAGCUGGCCAGGGGCCGUCCUGGACUUUACAGGAAAUGAUCCUUGCUCAUCCAGGGUCUUCGAGAAUGAGCGAGGCGGCUGUUUCUCAGCCUUUAUGCACCGCAGUCCAGAUUGUACUUGUUGACCUGCUUAGGUUUGCUGGUGUUGAAUUCCAUGCCGUUGUUGGGCACUCGUCUGGUGAAAUCGGAGCUGCGUACGCUGCUGGUCUUAUCUCUGCUCGUGAUGCCAUCAGAGCUGCCUAUUACAGAGGACUUUAUGCCGGCUUGGCAGAGUCACCCAAUGGCAACAAGGGUUCCAUGAUGGCCGUCGGUACAACCUUUGAGGAUGCUACAGAAUUUUGCCAACUCGAAGAGUUUGAAGGAAGGAUCCAGGUUGCCGCCCAAAACUCGUCCACUAGCAUCACGCUUUCCGGUGAUGAAGACGCAAUUCUCGAAGCGAUCGAGAUUUUCAAGGAUGAAGGUAAGUUUGCACGCCAACUCAGAGUCGAUACAGCUUACCAUUCGUCUCAUGUUGUUCCAUGUGCCGAGCCGUAUCGCAAGGCCCUGGAGCAGUGUGAGUCGGAUGAACCGAUUCCUACUGGGACAAAGUGGUAUUCUAGUGUGCGCGAGGGCGAGACUAUGGCCCCUGGCCAACUGGGGCCACAGUAUUGGAUAGACAAUAUGGUGAGCCCCGUGCUCUUCUCCACGGCAACCGCCAAAGCGUGGACUAAAAGUGGUCCUUUUGACAUUAUACUUGAGGUCGGGCCACACCCAGUUCUCAAGACGCCUUGCCUUGAUACGGUUGAAGAUAUCAUUGGAGAUCGACCUCCGUACUCAGGACUGCUGGGACGAGAGAAGGAUGAUGUCCAAACAUUCUCCAGCGCUCUGGGAUUUAUCUGGACUCACCUUGGGCCCAGAUCUGUGAAUUUUGACGAGUUCGAGCGAGCCGUGUCGGGAAACCCAAUGCCUAGACGUUUCUUGCCCGGUCUUCCUAAGUAUCCCUUUGAUCACUCCAGAAAGUUCAUGUCUCUGUCUCGAUCAUCCGGUCUGUACAUGAGCACUCAGGGGGCACCUCAUCCUCUCCUUGGCAGGCGUUGCCACGAGCGCGAAACAUCCGAUAUCAUUCAGUGGCGCAAUGUUUUGGAUCCAAAGGAGAUACCUUGGAUGGUAGGCCAUCAAAUCCAAAACCAGACCACCUUUCCUGCGACUGGAUAUCUUGCCAUGGCUAUUGAGGCUAUUGGCGUCUAUGCCAGGAACUCUAGCAUUGACCUCAUCGCCGUUCGAGACUUUAUAAUCCACCGUCCUCUGAUUUUCAACGACGACAACCCUCAGGUCGAGACCCUAGUCAAUCUGAAGAUUCGGAACCAUGCGGAUAAAGCGAUUGCGGCUGAAUUCUCUUGCUACACGGGUGCACCACACGAUCACAAUUUCGUGAUGAAAUCCACCGCUACUGGUAGAGUGGAAGUGACCAUCGCAACUCCAGAGCCUAACAGGCUCCCAAGUAUCGGUAUCGACGACCUUAGCCUGAGUGAAGUCACUCCUGACCGAUUUUACAACUUCCUUGCAGGACUUGGCUACAACUACGCGUGGCCUUUCCAUGGUGUCAAAGACAUUCAUCGCAAAGCCGACUAUGCAACAGGAACAAUUGACGACCAAUCGGGGACGCAAUGGGAGGACCGCCUCAUAGUCCAUCCUGGGAUGCUGGAUACGGCUUUACAAACCUGCUUCGCGGCAUUUUGUUGUCCCGGAGAUGAAAGGAUGUGGGCUCUGCAUCUUCCUACGUCUAUCCGUUCGGUGCUUAUCAACCCGUACUUCACCCCCAUUGGUAUCGGAAAACAGACCGAGCUCCGAUACGCCACCGUCUCCAGACAAGACAAGAGUGCCAAAAUCUAUGGAGAUAUUCACCUGUUUGCUGGCAACUCGAACCAAACUUUUCUGCAAGUUGAAGGCGGGGAACUCGUUCCCUUGACUCCUGCGCUUCCGAGUAACGAUGUGGUGUUGUUCUCGAAAUUUGACUACAGACUCGCGAAUCCUGACGGAGAGGAAGCAGCAUCGACUUCCAGGUAUAACAGGAAGGAUGUUGAAUUGGUCAUUGAUUCGGAACGCAUUUCUUUUUACUACUUACGUCGUCUGCUUGAAGAUGUCACCACUGAGGAGGUGGCCAAGUCGCUACCGCACUAUCGCCAUCUUCUCAACUACGCAUCUCAUAUGGUGCCUCCAAUAAUAAGGGGUGAGCAUGCGCAUAUCCCAGCGAGUGCACAAUUUGACACACAGGACUAUAUCAAUGAGCUCGUAAAAAAGCACCACGACAACGUUUCUGUUCGCUUGCUGCAAUCUGUCGGUGUCCACCUCCCCGAAACGGUUCGAUCUGGGUCCAGUAUUCUAGAGCACAUGGUGGAGGACUCGAUGUGGGACAAACUCUACGAGGAGGGCUUUGGUCUCGACCAAAUGAAUGAUUAUAUCGCUCAUAUGGUCGGCCAAAUAGCGCAUCGGUAUCCCCGCAUGAAUAUCUUCGAGAUUGGUGCCGGAACUGGUGGUGCGACGAAGAGAAUCCUCCAAAGCCUGGGCUCGGCGUUCUCGACUUACACCUAUACCGAUGUUUCUGGUAGUUUUUUCAGCAAGGCGAGCAGUCUAUUCAGGGACUUUGAGGAUCAUAUGAUUUUCAAAACCUUCAACAUGGAUCAGACCCCCGAGUCGCAGGGGUUUGAGGAAGGAUCCUACGACAUCAUUAUCGGCUCCAACGUCCUGCACGCCACGCUAGAUUUAGAAGGGAUGAUGAAAAAUGUCCGUCGCCUCCUCAAGCCAGGAGGCUAUAUUAUCAUCCUUGAAAUCGUCGAUAACAACUGUCUCCGUGUCGGCCUGACUAUGGGUAGUCUGCCUGGUUGGUGGCUUGGUGCAGAAACCGGACGACGUUUUGGUCCGACGCUAACCCUACCUCAAUGGGAUACCUUGUUGAGUAGCUGUGGAUUUGGAGGUAUUGAAACUUCGACACCCAUCAUUCAUCCGCUUAUCCCUUUGCACGUAUUCUGCGCUCAGGCUCUAGACGACCGUGUACAGAUGCUUCGUGACCCUCUCACGCAGCUCAAGGCCCUUCCAGCUUCGACGGCCUCCCAACUCGUGAUUGCAGGGGGUAAGACGCUGAGGAUUCAUCGAAUGCGUGAGCAGCUGGCUUCCAUGCUUUCGCCAAUGUUCCCCAACGUAAGCCGGGUUCAAUCUAUCCAGGAGCUCAACACCAGUGGUCUGGUCGAAGCCAGCACCAUCCUCUCGCUUACAGAGCUAGAUGAACCGCUUUUUGCUGCCAACACUCCUGAAAAGUUUGAUGCCCUGAAAGCGAUCUGGCAUGGAGCAAAAAAUGUUCUCUGGAUUACUACCGGAGCGAGAGCAGAUAAUCCUCACUCUCAGAUGACGAAUGGCGUCGGGCGAUGCAUACGAUCCGAGCAUCCCAACAUCAUACUGCAGAUUCUAGACAUCGACCGAAUAAAUAGUCACACCACCGCCUUAAUCGCAGAGCAUCUCACACGGCUAGAGAUGCUCAGCAGGUGGUCCGCCGAGCUCAAUCCUGGGGACCUGCUCUGGUCCCUAGAGCCUGAGUUAUAUGUUGAGAAUGACACGACAUUCAUUCCGAGACUCUACCCAUUCGAGGCGAGUAACAAGAGGUAUAAUACCACGCGCCGCGUUGUGACAGAGGAGGUCGAUCCGCAGCAAAACGAUAUAACAUUUGCCAUCGAGGAAGACUCACGGGAGGUACAACGACCCUCUCCUCUGCGGAUGAGGAGCGCCCUGCCCUUUAGCUGCGAAAUAAAAACGAUUCGUAUCACACAUUUCUUGCUAUCAACUCUCAGUAUUGUCCCAGGAGCCCACCUGAGGAUUUGCGUCGGUGUUGAUGCAACCACUCAAGAAACUUUCCUCGCUGCUUCUCCCACGGCCGAAUCGCCCGCGAUUGUCCCCGCAGAUUGGUGCAUCCCCCUCCGAGACCAAGAUGACCCUGUUACGACGCUUGCUGCCCUCUCAUCCUAUCUGGUUGCUCGCAGCAUUAUUCAACUGGCAACCGAGGCAGAUACGCUCGUCCUUCAUGAGCCCCAUAUCUCCGUUGCAGAUAUUGUGCAAAACAUGGCGGAUAGCAAGUCGGUCACUCUUCACAUCACCACCACGAAAAGUGAUACCGGGCUCCAAUGGCAAUAUAUGGACAAGAACCUCCCUGAGCUCAUCAUCAGAGAGCUACUGCCUUCCACGGCCACAAAGUUCCUUGAUCUCUCUCCAGACUCAGGAUCAUCUGAGGCUAUUGCUAGAUGCUUGCCCCGAAGCUGUCAAACCAUUGACCCUGCAACCCUACUCCAUGCAGGCGUAGUGCUUCGACCAUUCACCUCCAAGGACGAAGUCGCUCGCUUACUGAAUAUCGCUUGGUCCAACGUGGCUUGCACCGUGAAAAGGGCUAGCGAUCUACCAUUAGUCCAAUUGCGAGACAUUUCGACUCACUCUGCUGCUGUUGGAGCCCGUUUUGCUAUUGUUGAUUGUACCGUGCCGUCAGUCCAAGCCGUGGUUCGUCCAAUCGACGAGGGCAUCCUUUUCCGAAGUGACAGGACAUACCUCAUGGUUGGUCUAUCUGGAGAACUUGGACAAUCUCUUUGCACGUGGAUGGUAGCACAUGGGGCAAGGUACGUGGUGCUGACCAGCCGAAGGCCGACGGUCAACCCCAAGUUCAUCCGUUCCAUGGAGCGUAUGGGGGCAACUAUCAAGAUCCUUUCGAUGGAUGUUACUAGCCGGGAAUCUGCGCGUAAAUGCUGUGAAACCGUUGUGGAUACCAUGCCGCCUAUUGCAGGAGUUGCUAACGGUGCGAUGGUCCUAAUUGACAAUCUCUUUGACAACAUGCCCUAUGACGACUUUAUGAAGGUCACAAACCCUAAAGUGCUUGGAUCCAUGAUCUUGGACGAGCUGUUCUACGACACCCCGUUGGACUUCUUUAUUUUCUUUAGUUCCACCACAGCGGUCCUGGGUAACAGUGGACAGAGCAACUAUGCCGCAGGCAACGAGUUCAUGUGUGCACUUGCAGCGCAGCGAAAGAAGCGUGGCGUGGCUGCCUCAGCCAUUGAUAUCAGCUCUAUCAUCGGUAUCGGCUACGUCGAACGGGAUAGCAUCGUCAACGAGUUUACAUUCACCAAGAUGGGCUACAGGCCCAUGUCGGAACACGACCUGCACUAUGCGUUCGCCGAGGCUAUGACAAUUGGCAAAGUCGACUAUCCAGGAACAUGCGAGCUUGUUACGGGUAUCUCACCACUUCACCUAGGUGACCAGGCCUCGGACCAAUUCUUCAGAGAUCUCAAAUUCAGCCACUACAUCCUGGAGCGCCCCGACGAGCAAGCAGCGGCGGGCAAGACGUCCUCUUCGCAGCCUGUAAAGGUUCAACUUGCGGCGGCAAAAUCCAAGGUUAAUGCUGUAUCAAUCAUUACAGAAUCGUUCCUAGCUCGACUGCGGCAAAUCUUGGCAGUAUCGCCUGAUGAGACCAUCAACGAAAAGGUGACAUUCGUGGAACAUGGAGUGGACUCGCUGAUGGCGGUUGAAGUGCGCACCUGGUUUCUCAAGGAGCUUGGUGUCGAUUUCCCUGUCCUGAGGAUUCUUGGUGGUAGUUCCAUUUCCGACCUACUGAGUGAUGCAGUAAAGCUGUUACCUAAUUCCAUUGUUGACAUUUCCAAGCUUGAGGAGGGCAAGGAAAUUAAAGACGUACAGGCAAAGGUGUCACCAGCUCCGGCUCCGAAACCACCAGCAGUUGUUGAUGAAAUCGCACAGAAUGAAAGCCCGGCGGAUUCAACAAGCAGUGCUAGCAGUUCAGAUAUCGAUGAGUCGCCAGCCAAGAUAAUGCCAUCAGGGGUUGUUACGCCACGAUCACCUAGGGAUAGUGAGGCCACAACUGUGUGCGAGUAUUUCGACCACGAAUCGUUUAUAGAAACACCAGAGACAAUCUUGCAUGACAUUUUGAGCUGUCCCAUGUCAUUCGGCCAAAAGGGAUUCUGGUUCUUAAACGAGUAUCUUGCCGACAAGACAGCGCUCAACAUGGCUGUCAUGGUAAAGGUGACCGGUCCACUCCGCGUUGGGGAUCUCGAAGACGCCGUCACGAUGAUUGGCGAGCGUCAUGAGAUUUUCCGCACCCGCUUCUUCUGGAGCGGCGAGGGUACUAAGAGGGAGCCCAUGCAGGGGAUUGCUUCCAAAUCAUUUUUGAGGCUGACGGAGAAGCGCGUCGCAUCUGAAGCCGAAGCAUACAAGGUGCUCGAAACGGUUCGAAAUGAGAUAUGGGAUCUCGGUACCAGGGAGACAGCGAAGAUGAUGUUACUUACCUUAUCGGAUCAGGUUCAUUUCUUUAUCAUGUCGAUGCAUCACAUCAUGGCCGACGGGUACAGCCUCAGCCUCCUAUUCAGAGACCUUGAACUCGCAUACACAUCCAAGACCCUGCCGCCGCUGCCAGUUGAGUCCCAAUAUCGGUCCUUUGCAAGUCAGCAGAGACGUUUGCAUGAGCUUGGGAGCUCGAACCAAGCAAUCCAAUACUAUCGUCAGGCCCUAUCCUCCACAGCUGCACAUCUUCAGCCGAUUGAACUCUUGCCUUUCGCCAAGUCGACCAAGAGACAGCCCUUGACUAGAUAUGAUCAAGAAGAGGCGAAAAUUGAAAUAGGUGCUGACCUUAAGGCUAGAGUACGAAGUCUGGCCCGCAAGAACCAGUCGACCUCGUUUCAUGUCUACGUAUGUGCCUUACAGGUUCUCCUGUUCAAUUUGCUUCCGAGCAGUACCCAGGACAUUCUCAUCGGUAUGGCCGACGCCAAUCGAUCCGAUAAACAGUUCAUAAAUAGCGCUGGCUUCUUUGUUAACCUAUUGCCGCUUGUUUUCCGCCGAAGCGAGCCGAGCGCUACCAUGGACUCCAUCAUCCAAAAGGUUCGUGACACGACAUACGGUGCCCUAUCCCACUCACAGGUCCCCUUCGAUGUGCUCCUAAGGGAGCUCAACAUUCCUCGGUCCAACGACUACACACCACUAUUCCAGAUCUUCGUCGACUACAAACAAGUAUACCAUGACCUUUCCUCCUUGGGCGAUUGUAAACUCAGUGAUGAGACAUGGCGCAACACGAGUACAGGAUACGACAUUGUCUUGGAUGUCUAUGAAAAUGCCAAUGUUGAUGCCAUUAUCCACCUGCGUCUCCAGGGCACCUUGUACUCCAGGGCUAACACCGAUAUGCUGCUCCGUUCCUAUGUUAAUGUCUUGGAGUACAUGACCGGUGCUACUGAUGCCACGGUGGGCUCCAUUCCAAAAUGGGCCCCCCACGACGUCCAGACUGCUUUGGCUGCAGGACAGGGUACUCCUCUGAAGCGAAGGUGGCCAUCUACAGUCAGUCAUCGCAUUGACGAAAUGAUCGCAACAAGCCUCCCAAGGUCCGCCUUGAAGGAUGGUAAUGGCGUGACAUUCACUUACGAGCAAAUGGGUUCUCGAGUUGAUGCCAUCACCAACACCCUCCUAACCUCGGGUGCCAAGCAAGGAACAGUUGUGGGUGUUUUCCAGGAGCCUUCGGCUGACUGGAUCUGUUCCGUGUUAGCAGUCCUCCGGGCUGGUUGUGUAUAUUUACCCCUCGAUCUACGAAACUCGAUUCCUCGUUUGGUCAGCAUCGUCAAGGCCGCUCAACCGUCCAGUAUUCUCACCGACCACACGACAACAGACAAAGUCUCUCUUAUUGGCGUUAGUAAUGUCACUGAGAUACUGGUCUCCGACCUCAAGACUCCCCAAAAAGCCCAACAGUCGCCUAAUCGCGCAGAGCGUGACGCUCCAGCUGUUAUCCUUUUUACUAGUGGCUCCACGGGGGAACCAAAGGGUAUCGUCAUGAAGAAUGAGAAUCUCGUCUCCAAUGCGGAAGCAAACAGCCAAAUAUACGCGGAAACACCCAAUCUAGUGGUCUUGCAGCAAAGCGCCUUUAGUUUCGACUUCUCGCUUGAUCAGACCCUCGCUGCCUUGACCAAUGGCGGCUGCCUCUAUGUGGUGCCAGCGCGCAGCAGAGGAGACCCAAUUGAGAUCAGCAAGAUCAUGUUCGAAGAGAAGGUUACUUACACGUCGACGACCCCCUCCGAGUAUGACAUGUGGCUACGCUACGCCGCAUCCACUCUGAGCCGCUGUGAAUUCUGGAGACAUGCGUUCUCUGGUGGCGAGGCCAUGAGUCGUGGCCUUGCCCUAGAGUUUUCGAAUUUGAAACUUCCACAGCUCCGCGUAUUCACCGGUUAUGGCCCUGCCGAGACGACAUGUUUCUCGACCAAGAUCCAGCUAGACUACCAGGCGCUACCAGACCCCCUACCGGCCGGACUCAUGCUGCCGAGCUAUACUUGUGUCAUUGUCGACAAUGAGUUGCAACCAGUACCUGCCGGUGUUCCUGGCGAGAUAGUCAUCGGCGGGCCAUGUGUAGUGUCCGGCUACCUCAACAACUUCGAGUUGACGAAGCAGAAGUUUAUCCCCGAUACCUUCUUUGGGACAUCGACGACCAUGUAUCGCAGCGGUGACCUUGGUCAACUCUUGGGAGACGGCACCCUGUACUGCGAUGGCCGCCUCGAGGGUGAUACCCAAAUCAAGUUGCGAGGUUUCCGUGUCGAGCUUUCCGAGGUCGAGAAGGCAAUUAUCAAGCAUGCCGGUGGUGCCCUUUCACAAGCUAUAGUCACUCUGCGCGGAAGAGGUGAGGAGGGCUACUUGGCGGCACAUGUCGUCUUUGUGCCUGAAUUCCCGCAUGAGGCCAGAGAGAGAACGAUUCAGUCAAUCCGAUACAGCCUACCCUUGCCUCCGUACAUGAGGCCUGCUGCCAUUGUGGCUCUUGACGACAUUCCUAAAACUGCACAUCUCAAAGUCGACCGAAAGACCCUUCAGGAAGUACAAAUCGAACAUCUCGCCACCGCAGAAGGCAACGGAUCAUCUGGCACUCUUUCCGAAGCCGAGUUGAAAUUAAGCGAGCUCUGGCACCAGGUUAUGCCUUUCGACCCAGGACUACUAACUGCUGAUUCCGAUUUUUUCCUCGCUGGCGGCAAUUCGAUUCUCCUUGUGAGGCUACAGGUGCUGAUAAGGAAGUCUUUUGCGACAGCGCCCAAGCUCGUCACCUUGAUGGGAGCCCCCACCCUUGCGGCCAUGGCUGCGGUCGUCGAGACUAGCCGUCCGGGUCACUUCAUUGACUGGGAAGCGGAACUUCAACUUCCAGAAUCACUGCUGCAGUCUCAGGGUGUUGGCAUUGUCCCACCAACAGAAAACGCCGAUGGUAUCACCAUUCUGUUGACAGGCUCUCGCGGCUACCUUGGACGCCAUUUGUUACAGAUUUUGGUCACUGACACGAGGGUCACUCGGGUAUACUGCCUGGUUCGCGAGCACGACAUCAAUGACAACGACAACAGUAAAGUGAGAGUCAUUCAAUCGGAUGUCUCCAAACCCGAUCUUGGCCUUUCGGACGGUAUAUACGCAGCAUUGGUCGCCGAAACGAACGUAAUCAUCCACUGCGCAGCCAACCGAUCGUUCUGGGACCAAUAUGAAGUAUUGCGCCCCGAUAACUACAAUUCGGUCAAGGAACUGGCACGACUCGCUGUUAUGGCGCCGCGCUCUGUGCCUCUCCACUUCAUGUCAUCAGGAGCUGUGGGCUCAUACGACAACAGCAGUACUGUCCCGCCGCAAGAUGGCAGUGAUGGCUACCUGUCAACCAAAUGGGCAGCCGAGAAAUUUCUGCAACGAUUUGCCGCCGCGGCGGACGCACCUGUUUAUAUUCACCGCCUGGAGUCAGCGGCUACCGUCAAGGAUGUGACUUCCGCCAGCUCGGAAGCAGCUGCUGUGCUCAAUGAAUUGACUACGAUAGCUGCUCGGAUGGGCUUGCGACCUUCCUUUGAUGGGGUUAAUGGCUCGAUGCACGUUAUCCCUGUUGACCAUGUCGCGCAGGCAAUCUGCCAGACUGUCCGUGACUCUAUUAGCACUACGACUGGGCAAGAUGGCAACGAUGUCGUCCAUAUGUUGCAUCACAAGGCUAGCAUCAGAAUCCCAGUAGACGAUUUUGAAGCUCGCUUAUUUCUCGACGAACCCCUGCGUCUUCUGCCAAGCUUUCCGUUGCUAGACUGGUUCGGAAAGGCCAAGAGACGCGGGUUCGAGUAUCUGGUCACGGCAUGGGAACUGAUAAUGAGCUCAAGUUCGGGUAAUGAGGUGAUUUCCAGGCGAUAG